AUUGAGGCAUUUUCCACUGCUAUUUUCCUUCUCAAUAUUCUCAAUAACUUCUAUCAAGCUAUCGUCUCACAACAUGAGCAUCAAUCCCUCUUCCCCAGUAUUGGUCGACCUCUCUACCUUCGUGCUUGACACAAGGUAUAGAGAUCCGUGGACUUCUGAUUUCACCCGGUGCCUUGGAUUUGCUGCCCGAAGGAAGGAUGCUUGUGAUCAACAUAUUUCGAAAAUCAGGGCUAAAAAUGCCACAAGGUUGAUGAAUGAUUUCAGCAAACUACAACAGUGCCCGCAUGAUGAAGAAUUUUACAAACAUGUCGAUGAGUUUCUGUCAAGCACUCACUGCUACGCUCAUCUACCGGAUGUACGAUCUAAAUUUCUCAAAUGGAAGGCCGGUAGCCACACUUCGCUUCAAGAGCAGGUGGAGCUCGCAGAAACAAAAACCGGCCCAAUGCAAACUCCAACCAUGGAUUCCAUUUCGGUAGAAGCCUCUCCCCGGCAGAUUUCGGGUUGCUCCUCGUCCACGAGUGUCGACGGAUCUACGCCAUCUCAAUCUCAAAACACAGCAACAACCCUCGAUUUCAGUGAAUCCACAGCAGAUUUCAGCAGUCUCUCAGUCACGUCGGAUCCAAAACCGACCGUAUUUGGCAUACAAAAGAGCGACGGCACGGCCAAGACAAUUUCUGAGCCAGUUCCAACAAAGCACGAUUACAAUCCGCCGCCGCCUCUUAGGGAGCGUGGUCCGAAAGGUCCCAUCUCAAACGAGAGUGAGCCAUCUGAUGAGGAAAUCAAUCUCAUGGUUGCCGAGCUUGAGAGCGAUGAGAAAGAUCUGGAAACACUCGAACGUUCCAAGCAACGCCUCACGAUAAACCGCUCUAAAAGCAAGCUUGUGCACUACAUUCACCGGCCAUUCAACCAAGACGACAGGAGGACUGGUGUUGUAUAUGUGCUUAGACAUGUCAAGAAUGAGGAAAUCAUCACGGUCGGUUUUUCGAGAGAGCACACCAAUAAAGACGGGCUUCUUCAGAGUGAAAGUUGCUAUGCGAAAGACUCCGAGAUGGUCUAUCAGAGUCAAGAGAAAUUCUUUGGUGCAUUCAGGGUAACUAACCUUGUAAAGGCAGCUCUGAAAGAAAGUCGGCAUCUGAUUUCAGACUGCGCGCACUGCGGCAUGACUCACGAGUGGUUCCGGGUCACUCGGGCUAAGAUGAUAGAGGCCGUUGAUACUUGGACAGCGUUUGUCAGAUCUUCAGCAUACUCAGAUGGGAAGUUGAGCGAAGCUGGUCAUUUAAUGACGGAUGUGUUGGUUGACCUAAGCUCAGCGCGUGUGGCCGUGGUCCUGAAUGAGUUUGGUGCCGUGGCGGAGAAGACUGAAAGGGACCCAGCUGAAUCCCAAGCCAAAACCACAAGCCCUGCCAUUAUCCCACAGAAUUUUGAACCGAGAGAAUUGCCAAUUCGCCGAAAACCUGUCAAUGGUAUUGCCGCGGAUAAGGGAAGCCUGUCAGAUAUUGGGGAGGACCAUCCUUCGCUACACGACUCGGACAAGAUAAACCUCGACUCUCAGAACAGUCAGCCUCCUCUGAAAUCUCCAACUGAAAUUACGGAACGAAGGAGAACAUCGAUUGGUAAAGCCUGCCGGAAAACGGCAGAAACAGUUGUCAAAAGAGCGAAAACUGUGAAAGCUGCUGUCAAAACAGCUGCUGGAAGUACCAUGACAUAUUUCCGAAGGCGAAGCAGUAGUGAAGAAUUUGCAACUGAUGUUAAAAGCUUAGGGCAAGAGCUGGGCACUAUUUUUAACAAGGUCUCCCUGCAAUUCAACGACAAGAUGGAUCAGACUCAUCCGAGUACGUGGUCGCCAAGGAGCCGGGACAAAACAAAGUAGCAAACGGUUGUUUGGUGACAGGGGCGGUUCAAGGAGGGGGAUUAUUUGCUUCAAAUUAAUAAAAUAAGAUAACUA